AAGGGGGCGCGCGUGUGUGUUUUACGCCCGCGAUACUCUGGGUGAAAACCCCAAACAGAAAGCCGCGAAAUGACGGAGGGCGGCGCAGUUUAGGCGCUGAAAUCGAGCGUGCGCUACUCCCCUUAAAAUGCACCCAUUCCUCCCGUCCCCUCCCCCUCUUCAGUUCUUCGCCCCCCCUGCUACUCGCAGCCUUCCCCCUUUGUAACUGUUGGCGAAGCCACCCCCGGGCUUACGAUAGCACAUUCCCUUUGUGACAUCAGCACGAGCCUUGAAUCUCUCUACCUGCCUUUUUCCCUUCCACUCGCGUGCCUUCCUUUUCCGCCAUUGUCAGAUCUCUCUCUCUGGAACUUGCUUUAGCUCGCUGGUCUAGUCUUAUCUUCUCUCUCUCUCUCUCUCUCUCUCUCUCUCUCUCAGCCUUGUUAUAUUCUUGGCUCUGUGCUUUCUCACUCUAGACUGCGAUUUUGGCAUCUCCGUAGGGGCUUGAAAUCCACUGAUUUUGAUUCCAAUCCUGUUCUUGCUUCACUACUCUGUUUCAUCGACGUCAAACGCUGGAGAUGCGUCGAAGAAGAACCGCCGUCUUGAAUUCCUCAUAAGAGAAAUAUACAUCAUGAGGAGCUUGUGUUUGAGGCAAUGGACAGUGGUGUUUGCAGCUGGAAAUGAAGGAGAGGCAACGUUGGAGAGCUGAAGAGGAUGCUAUCUUACGAGCAUAUGUCAAACAAUAUGGCCCAAGAGAGUGGCACCUUGUGUCUCAGCGCAUGAACACACCACUUGACAGGGACGCCAAAUCCUGUUUGGAGAGGUGGAAGAACUACCUCAAGCCUGGCAUCAAGAAGGGAUCCCUCACUGAAGAAGAGCAGCAUCUUGUCAUCCACCUUCAGGCCAAACACGGAAACAAGUGGAAGAAAAUUGCAGCUGAAGUCCCAGGCCGUACAGCUAAGAGACUAGGGAAGUGGUGGGAAGUGUUUAAAGAGAAGCAGCAGAGAGAACGAAAGGAGAACAAUAAGGCGGCAGCAGACCCGAUUGAGGAAGGCAAGUACGAUCAGAUUCUGGAGACUUUUGCAGAGAAGCUAGUGAAAGAGCGUCCUGCCCCGCCGUUUCUCAUGGCUGCAUCCAAUGGGGGCUUUCUUCACACCGACCCACCUGCUCCACCUCAAAAUUUGCUUCCUCCAUGGCUUUCUAAUACGAAUGGCACAUCCGCUGUCAGGCCACCCUCCCCUUCAGUAACCUUGAGUCUCUCGCCCUCCACGGUUGCAGCAUCUCCUACGAUUCCAUGGCUGCAGCCGGAGAGGGGACCUGAUAAUACUCUUGUUUUGGGCAGUUUGCAACCUUCUGGAGCACUGUCCACAUGUGGGGAGAACCUGCUGGUUUCUGAGCUUACUGAAUGCUGCAGAGAGUUGGAUGAAGGGCACCGAGCUUGGGCAGCACAUAAAAAGGAAGCAUCCUGGAGGUUAAGAAGGGUGGAGCUGCAACUGGAAUCAGAGAAGGCGAACCGGAGGAGGGAGAAAAUGGAAGAGAUAGAGUCAAAGGUGAAGACUCUCAGGGAAGAACAGAAGGCUACUUUGGAUAGGAUUGAGGCUGAAUACAGGGAACAAUUGGCAGGACUGAGGAGGGAUGCAGAAGCCAAGGAGCAGAAAUUGGCUGAACAGUGGGCUGCAAAGCACAUGCGCCUUACCAAAUUUCUUGAGCAGAUGGGCUGUAGAUCCAGGCUUCCUGAGUCUAAUGGCCGGUGAGGAAGAUCUGUUCUCCGUGGCUGGCAUAGUUGGAGUUAGGUUUGGUCCUCCACAUUGGUCUUCAUGCCUUUUAAGACCAUCCACUCAUCAUCUCCUCCCUGGUUCAUCAUGUGUUCAUUCUCGGCUGAUAUUCUAAUUAUUAUUAUAGUGUCUAUUUGUUUUCACUAUCAAAUCAUCACCUGCACUGGCUUGAUCUUGGGUUAGCAUUAGCUAAACCUGCUCUCUUUUAUAUCAAUAUAUAUAUAAUAUAUAAUUGAAGUUCCAUUGGUGCUAA